AUUGAAAACGAAAGUUAUUAUAACGAUAAUAACAAUAAUUAUCAUUAUUACUAUUAUUACAAUUAUGUUAGCUAUUUAAAUAUUUGACUAAUUAUUAUUUGAUUGUAAAACGCUAUCCAUUGUGAAUAUGUUGAAUAAUUCAAUGGAUUAUGAAAGUAUUCAAGAUGUUUCACGCUAUUCACCGGAAUAUUUAUCAAGCUGGAAACAUGAAAUUGGAAAGCAUACAACCACUAGUAUUACCACCUCUACAACUUCUACUACUACUAAUAAUAAUAACAGUAGUAUUGUCAAUACUGAAGAUAAUGAAAGCAUGAUGACAACAAAAACUACAGGACAAUUACAUUUUUCUAUUGAUGCAUUAUUAGACGAUGAUGUCGACGUCAAUGAGGAUAACGGGGAUGAGGAUGAGGAUAAUGAUGAGGAUGUUAUCCAUGAUGCUAAUGAAGAUGAUCAUAGUAGUAGUAUUGACUAUUAUCAGAAUGAUAUCUGUCCACCAAACAAUCAUCAUUAUGCCUUUAAUUCAAAUAAAGAUAAUUCAGAGUUAAAAGUGAUUGACUACAACUCAGAAUGCGACAAUGAAAAUAUUCUACAUAAGGAAGAUGAUGAUAUGAACAAGAAACAAAUUCAUUUCAAGCAUAAACCCAAUGGGAAUACCUCUACAAAAACUGAUAACAAUGUCUGUAAUGAACAAAAACACGCUGGUAAAGUUAAAAAACAUUAUGAUCGUCAUAAGACUGGAGAAUCAACAAAUGCAUAUUCGACAACUGAUAUAUCUGCAUUGAUUUAUCCUAAUAAAGAUUACAAUCAUAAGAGUCAUUCUAUUAAAAGUCAUAAUACCACUUCUACGACUGCUACUCCUAAUAAUAAUAAUAAUAAUAAUAAUAAUAGCAACAAUGAAUUGAGUCAUAAUCACAAUUCUUAUUUUAAACAACAUGAAUUUUAUAAUCCAUUUCAUGAAUCAGCGUAUAAUGAUUAUUUAACUUUUGGAAAUGGAGGAUUAGGCUAUCGACCUGUUCCACCGAAAUGUACCCUUCGAAAGCAUAAACCAAAUCGUCGUCCAAGAACACCAUUUACAACACAACAAUUAUUAGCAUUGGAAAGAAAAUUUCGUCAAAAACAAUAUUUAUCUAUAGCUGAACGUGCAGAAUUUUCAAAUAAACUUACAUUAACUGAAACACAAGUGAAAAUAUGGUUUCAAAAUCGUCGAGCGAAAGCUAAACGCUUACAAGAGGUUGAAACAGGCAAAUAUCAGUUAUCACCAAAUGAAAAUUUAGAAACCGCUUUAAUUGUAGCCAUGUCAACAGCUAAUCAAGCAUCACAAUUAAUAAGCAACAACAAUAAAGACAAUAUUCUACCGCAUGACUUAUUGACACAUGAAAUAAAAUCAUGUCAUUCUGACACAGUAUCGCCUUCUUCACCAGGCACAACAAUUCUUCCAUCGAAUCCAUGUAAAACUUUUUCAUUUCCACCUAUCCCUCCUCCACUGCCGCCACCACCACCACCGUCUCUUGCUGGAGUUACACCAUCGUCAGAGUCACCUUCUUCUGCGCCAUCCUGUUAUAUGUGUUCCAGUAGAUCUCCAAAUCCUCAAUGUUUACAUAGACCAGUAAAACUGCCUACAAAUACUAAUCUACCGUCUUUUUCUAAUAUUCCUACCACCACUAAUUCUAGUUCUACACCUUCACCAUCUACGCGGGCAUAUUUAUCUCCUAACCUUUCACAUGAUUAUCCUUCUCAUUACAAUAAUAAUAAUAAAAUAUAUAUGAAUUAUGAGGAACAAAAUUUAGUGAAUACAAGUAAAAUAAAAUCCUCAUCAUCUUCAUUGUUAUCACUGAAACGGUUAUCAUCAGAGAGUUAUCAAGGUCAACCGCUUCAUUACCCAAUGGAUUCACAAAAUACUACUCAUAUAGAUGUCAACUGCAUGACUACUUUGUCGAAUCCUGUAUCAUCUAUGGUUUCUUUCAUCAACAGUACUGGUAAUACUAAUAAUAAUAGUUCUUCGACUGAAACUAUUACCGAUAUCACCAAUACUACUACUAAUAAUAAUAAGAAUAAGAAUAUGAAUGGUGUAACGCAUAAGACAACAAGACAUACAAUCUCUUACUUUUCAAAUGGUCAAAGAGUUGAUAAUGAUGAUUAUGAAUGUGGUGUCAUGAAUAAAAAUGAAAUCAAUAACAGUAUUAAUAGUAAUCCAGAAUUAUCGCAUAUUAAUAGUAACAAUACUAAUAUUGACAUGAAGUAUGAUUCAAUUACAAACUUUCACUCCUUACUUAAUAAUUUACAUUGUAAUUCAGAAGGAAAAGAUAAUCUCAAAACAAUUGAAACAUUGAUUGAUCCGUUGUCAUGGUUAUAUGCAGCUAGUCAUUAUUAUCAUCAACAAUACAAUAAUCAGAAUAAACAAAUAGGCAAUAAUUCUUCAAGUGAUGAGCUAAAUAGUAAUAUUUCGAAUAUAGAUAACUCCCAACAGUUGUCUGAAACAGUAAUGAAUACUGACCGUCCAAAUGUUGACACUAUAUUGGAUUAUAUUUCAAGAAUUCAAAAUCCUAGUCAUUUGCUACCUAUGUCACCGUCACCGUCAACUUCAACAGUCUCCUCCUCCUCUAUUAUCUCGUCUUUAUCUUCAGUAUUGAAUUCGUCUACAUCAUCAGUAAAUACAGAAAAGUUAACACAGGAUCUUUUCAAUAUACUUGACUAUUGUACAAAUAAUUCGACCAGUCAACAUCAUUCAAUGCCAACGCUACCAACAAAUUUAUCUCAAUUGCAUAAUUCAUCAUCGAUAUUACCAAAUUUAAAUGAUUUUAAUUCUAUAUUUUUAAAACAACUCUCCGAUAAUCUAUUCAAUCAAACAAUGAAUUUAUCAAAUUCAAUAUUAAAUUCAUCUUAUUUUUCUAAGCUUAUUCCAUCUUCAUUUCAGUUGCCAACAUUUAUGAUGAAUACAACGUUGGGCGGUAAUAUCAAUUCAGUCCCACAAUCAUUGAUGAAUCUGUCAACGUCACCAUCAACAUCAUCACCAUCAACAUAUGAUUCUAAGGUAUUCAAUACGCCUACAGAUUGUAUCAGUAAUACUCUAUCAUCCUCCUCCUCCUCUUCAAUAGAAUUAACAAAUAGUGUGAAUGAAAUUCAAAUCUCUCCUGUUGAACAACGUUUUGACGACAACCACCACCACCACCACCACAACAACAAAAGCAAUGACAACAGCAACAAUGCUACUCAUCGUACUAAUUAUAAUUUCAGCCUAAUGAAUAGUAAUCAUAAUAGUUUUAAUACGGAUACAUUGACUUCAUCGAGAAAUUCUGAAACCACUGGGGUUACUGAUAAUUUAUUGGCUUCUGUUUAAGAUCCAUUCAGAAGUGAAUACAGCUUAUAUGUGUCGAUAAAAAUGUAUACACGUAUGUGGAAAACUCUGUACAUAGAUGAUCCACUCUUGAGUGAAGGAGGAUCUCUUCAUUAUAGGCGCAUAUUUUUUUAUCUUUUCCCGCCCUUUCAUUUAUCGUUGGCAUGGAAAGCGAUAAGUGAAAACAAAAAAAAAGGAUUCAUUUUCAAACAAACUUUUUAUUUGUUUAUUUUUCUUGUUUAUGAAUGGAUAAAUGAUAAGAAUAUAUCUCUAGACGAGCCUGAUUUGAUUUACAGUAAGCAUUUUUUGAAGUAUUACAAGAUAAGAUGGUGAGAGAGACAUAGAAGAAGGGAAUGGAUAUAUGUAGGUUAUUUCAUUGAUAAGAUCAUUGCAACUGGUCCCUAAAAGGUGAACAAUGAAAUUUUGUUCUUUGCAAUGUCAUUUCCUCUCAUUGUUCCUUAACUUAAAACUCGCCUUAUCAUUAAUCCUAUUGUCAAAUAUUUUCUCUGCACAAGUACCAGUAGUCUUCACCUACUAUUCAACUGUCAUUACUAUUAGUAGUAGUAGUAGUAGUAGUAGUAAGCAGUCAGUGAUCGUUUGUUGCAUCGCCCUGUCUGUCCCACUCUCUGUUUCCUCACAAUAAACUGAGCAUAUGUCAUCUCACCAACCCCCACCGUCCUCAUCCCCUCAUUUAGUAUAAUUGCGCAUACAUAAUUAAAUAUCUUUAACACUUCUGGAUAAAUGCAUAGCGUAUUAAUUUUCUUCAACUUUUUUUUUGAAUACUAAAUUGUACAAAUAAUACUACAUGUUUGUGCUCAAAGCGAUUGCGUGUAAUGACUUCUUACCCCUGCAUUUUCAUUCCUAAUAAUUCACAAAACAAAAGAAAAAAAUCCAUAAAAUUUUAUUGUGCGAAAGUGUAAUUAUUAUUAUUGCUGUUAUUAGUAGUAUUAUUAUUAUUUAAAACUGGGUUCUGUCUUGUGAGUUUUAUUUCAUUCAUUCAUUCCUGAUUGGAAAUAUCUGUGUUUUCCUUAAUCAUCAAAUGUAAAUAUUAUUAUUAUUAUUAUGAUUACCAGAGGUAUAAAGAAU